AUGAUCCCUCCGCCCACAGAUCCUGCAUUGCUGCGAGAAAACGCCUUCCAAGAAACGGGAGAUCUAAAUAUAGUCCUGAAUAAAGACACAUUCCGAGGGGCCGGAGGGUACAAACCUAUAUUGACCUACGGCUUGGGAUUCUUUAAUUAUGGUAUGACAUUGGACGAUGAUGUAUAUUCCAGGACUUGGGCUGAUGCUAUUAGGUGCCAUGUGACUCAACAUUGCGUUGCGUAUACUGUGAUCUUUAUAGUAUUGGCCAUUUGUUGGAUCAUGUUGGUGUUUAUGGGGCUUAAAUCAACGGAAGGAGUGGGUAAGAGGAAGUUUAGGAACGAUGAAGAGGGGCAACACUCUUUUCAUCAAUAUGAGGAUGAUGAAUCCAAGGAGUAUCAUCACGUGAAGGUAUAA